AUGUCAGACACUCGGGCUGAGUUUAGAUACUCCUGCUGGGACUUUCUCUUCACUUGUAUCGGCCUGCCGCUCUUCCUGCUGGACAUAGUGCUGGACGUACUGGCUGCUGUGUCCUUCUACCAGGAAAAGGCCUUCGUGUGCCUCGGGGUCCUGCUGCUGUUACUCGUGGGCUCGUCGCUGCUCGCUCAGGCUUACAGCUGGCUGUGGUACAGCUAUGACGGCUUCCAAAUGAAGACGAAGGUUGAGCAGUUGCCGAGCCGGGGCCUGCUCGGGUUGCUGCAUCUUUUCCAGCUGGGAAUCUACUUCAGGCAUGCUGGAGUCCUGGAGAUGUCUAUAAAAUCCUUCUACAAAAGGAAAGUUGAAUGUGCAGAAACAGCCCAGAAUCUGAACCACGAUCUGAGCGUGUUACGGAUCAUAGAGACGUUUUCAGAGAGCGCCCCGCAGCUCACGCUCAUGCUGACCGUCAUUCUGCAGAGGGCUCAGCUGGAUCCUGUGACAGUGAUAAAGGCCGUCGGCUCGGCCUCAGCUAUCGCCUUAAGCAUGACCACCUACCAUCGCUCGCUGCGCUCCUUCCUGCCUGAGAAGAAAAAGCAGAAGAUAGCCUCAUCAGCUGUUUACUUCUCCUGGAACCUGCUGCUCAUCUCGUCUCGCCUCGCCGCCCUCGCUCUGUUCGCCUCCGUGCUGCCCUGCUUCAUCUUCACCCACUUCAUCUGCUCCUGGCUGGUUUUAUUCUUCUUUGCUUGGCGAUCCAAGACGGACUUCAUGGAUGGUCCUGGUGGAGAAUGGCUGUAUCGAGCCACUGUGGGCCUCAUUUGGUAUUUUGACUGGUUUAAUGUGACUGAGGGGAACACGAGGAACAGGACUGUGCUCUAUCACGGGUACAUACUGACUGAUAUCUCCGUCCUCUGUGGUGUGUGGUGCUGGAGGAUGAGCGCAGAUCCUCCUGAUUUUGUGAUACAACCCUUGUAUGCUUUAAUCACAGUCGUCUGUGUUGUUGGAGUUUACAUCCUCGGUCUGUUAAUCAAAGUUAUUUAUUAUAAGUGCUUCCAUCCAAACCUCGACAAAGAUGAGCUGAAAGGGGCCAGAAUGGAGCAGGAGGAGCAGCACAAGGAGCUUAAUAAGCCUAUUAAGGCGGUAUUUCGCAUAACUUCAGAGCGAGUAACCCCACCAAAAACCGCAGCAGCACACUGCAAUAAAAGAAUGAGGAAGCUGGCCGUGAACUUCUACUCCUGA